GCGAGCUUGACAGACAGACAGAGAGGCGGAUGCAGCCUACCCCUUGGGCAGGGAGCUGCGGUCUGAGGCCCCUGCCCAGCUGGAAACCACAGGGAGGGGAAGGGAGGGGAGGGGAGAAGAGGAGAAGAGAGGAGAGGAGCCGUCAUGGGGCCUUGGAGUCGAGUCAGGGUUGCCAAAUGCCAGAUGCUGGUCACCUGCUUCUUUAUCUUGGUAACAGGCAGCUGCUGGGCCUCUCUGUGGCCACCAUGGUGACUCUCACCUACUUCGGGGCCCACUUUGCUGUCAUCCGCCGAGCGUCCCUGGAGAAGAACCCGUACCAGGCUGUGCACCAAUGGGCCUUCUCUGCGGGGUUGAGCCUGGUGGGCCUCCUGACUCUGGGAGCCAUGCUGAGCGCUGCAGCCACCGUGAGGGAGGCCCAGGGCCUCAUGGCGGGGGGUUUCCUGUGCUUCUCCCUGGCGUUCUGUGCACAGGUGCAGGUGGUGUUCUGGAGACUCCACAGUCCCACCCAGGUGGAGGAUGCCAUGCUGGACACCUAUGACCUGGUAUAUGAGCAGGCGAUGAAAGGCACGUCCCACGUCCAACGGCAGGAGCUGGCGGCCAUCCAGGACAUGUUUCUGUGCUGUGGGAAGAGGUCUCCUUUCAGCCGUCUGGGGAGCACAGAGGCUGACCUGUGCCAGGGACAGGAGGCGGCACGAAAGGACUGCCUUCAGGGCAUCCGGAGCUUCCUGAGGAUACACCAGCAGGUCGCCUCCAGCCUGACCAGCAUCGGCCUGGCCCUCACGGUACCCCCUCGCCUUCCCUCACUGCCCCUUCCCACCUCCUGCCCCUCAGCCUGCCCUGCCCCCGACUCAGAUGGAAUGGUGACCCGGGACAGGAUCUCCGGUCUUGGGCCUCACUGGCUGCCAACCUCAGGGAGCUGGUCCACUGUGACAGUGUUUGCCUCCUACAGCUGGGCCGCCCCCUCACACUGCAGAGUCCUGAUGCUUUCUGGGGAGGGGCGCCCCCAGCCUGGAGCAGUGGGGCAGCCGCGGGUGUCUCCCUCCCAGGUGUCCGCCUUGCUCCUCAGCUCCUUCCUGUGGUUUGCCAUCCGCUCUGGCUGCAGCUUGGACCGCAAGGGCAAAUACACCCUGGCCCCACGAGCAUGUGGCCGCCAGCCCCAGGAGCCCAGCCUCUUCAGACGCUCCCAGGGUGGACCCACACAUUGUCUCCGCUCUGAAGCAGAUGCUAUUGGUCCAAGAAGAUACUCGGGUAGUCUUCGGUGGCUGCAGGACAACGAUGCUGCGCCUGGGCCCCUCUCCCGCCACCUGCCUGCCCACAGAGGUGAAGACACCCCUGCUGUCAGCCCUCAUGGGAUCCCUGAGGGGAGGGUCCGAGCUGUGAGGAGGGGAGGGAGUGAAGGCCCAGCCAGAGAGCCAGGCUCCAUUGGGAACAGAUGCAAGGGUAAGGGGUAGCUCACCAAAUCCCUCCAUGGGAACGGGCCGAGUGUAAGCACAAAGGAAGCCACGCUGGAGGCAGCAGGCCAGGGCUGACUUGCAGACACCGGUGGUCCACACCCUGGAGGGCUCCACCCAGACACAAGCUGCACUGGUUUUUUAUGCUGCGUAAGAAGCAGCACAGAUGUAAGGACUGCAAGGAGCGACCAUUUAUGAUCUCGCAGCUCUCCAGGGCAGAAGUCCCAGUGGGCUCAGCGGGUGCCCUUUGAGGGGUCUCUCGGGCUGAAGUCAGGCCUUGGUGGGCUGCACUCUCAUCUGGAGGCUCCAGGGAAGCGUCUGCCUCCAGGACCAUUCAGGCUGUUGACAACUCAGCUCCUCAUGGCUGUAGGACUGAGGUUCCCACGUCCUUGUCCCUGCUCCCGCGGCCCCUCCACCUUCACACCAACAAGGGUGCAUUGAGCAAAUUGUGGUCAAAUAUACAUCACAUAAAAUUGACCAUCUUAACCAUU